GGCGUGGAGCGUUUGGGUUUCCAUUGCUCUUCGUGUCGUCCACCGACCGUCAUCGAACGCGUACUUAUGUAGUCUGCAGUCUACUGCAGAUUUAAUAAUAAAUCUUUAAAUAAUGCAUCUGGUGCGUUGUUAGAUUAAAAAUAUUAAAUAUAGUAUUACAUAUAGGCGUAUCGUGAUUUUAAUCGUUUCGUUUGUUUAGACGAUUAUAGUGUACACUUUUUUAUUAUUUGUAUACGUUUUUUGUGUUAUUUUAUUAAAUAAUUAUCGCUCGUUACAACGUCGUCAUUCCGAUUGAAAAUUGAUUUGUGCACAACACGAUGUAUGCGUAAAAAACAUAAUAUUAUUAUUACAUCCGUAUAAAAAUGGCCGAAGUGUUGCGAUUACCGGAGGACGARUGUAAAAGAACGGUGCAAUCCGCUAAGCAGAAAGCGAUUAAAUUUGGGCGGACUUUGGUGGGGAAAAAGGCAGUGAUCAGCAAAGCCAUCGCAGACAGUUGGCAUAGAAGAAAAGGACGUAAAGUCAAACCAGUUGAGCAAAUGGACGGUGGAUUUUUUGAACGUUAUGGUUCAGGAUUCAAGGACAAUUUUGAAGAGGACACAAUAAUUGCCGAAAAGGAUAAAUACGCUACUCUAAAUGAAAGAGAAAUUUCGAAAGUUGACAAUGACAUUGCCGAGAAGACUCAGUUAUCUUACAAAGAGUUAUUAUCGUCGUUGUUAGAAUUAAAUAUAAACGAAUUAUACGAAGAAGUAUUGCACGAAAUACUGCAUUGUAUUGGUAAAGAAAAAAAUUGUUUAAAUCAAGAAAAUAUAAUUGAAUUCGCCCGAAAAGCAUUUAAAAUUGACCAAGAUACUCACGAAGCUAUAUAUCAUGCCGUCAUAGAAAAAGAAGCUCCGAACAUAAUGUUAAAUAUUGAAAUCAUCGAAGGGAAAGACAUAAAACCAAAAGAUGCGAAUGGUUUUAGCGAUCCGUUUUGUACCUUAUUUUUGUCGUCUUCCCAACAACAUAGGUAUAAUACGUCGGUUAAAAGUCAAACUCUGCGGCCAGUAUGGGAAGAACACUUUUCACUGCCGGUCGAGACUCCCGCUGACGACAUCUUAUGCGUGGAAGUUUGGGAUUUUGAUCCGGCGGAAACGGUAAAAGAAAAAGUCACAAAGGUCGGCGACAUCAAAGGAUUUAAAGGAAUGAGAAGGUUCAUGAAAGAAAUCGCGGUAACUGCCACGAACGGUAAACACGACAAUGAAAUUAUCGGCGGUACGCUGAUACCACUUAAGACAAUACCUUCUCGAGGUCAAAUAGCUUGGUACAAUUUGGAGAAAAAAGGCAAGGGCAAGCCUCAGGGGAAUUUGUUAUUAAAAUUGUCGUUUGGCAGUGAAAAAAAUAAACAAGUUGCCGCUCAAGAACAUAGACAUCUACUGCGAGUAUUGUUGGCUCACCAAAUGAGUGUACAAAAGCCUGAAAUGAAUUCGUGGACGGGUGAUUUUUUGCCAGAGUCGAGCUUGAUUAUUCAACAACAUGUUGCACAAAGUAAUUUAGGUGCUGUUGACGAGUGUUUGGGCCAAUGGAUUGAAUUUAUCAACGCUCACGUAUUGAGUCCAGUAGUCAAUUUUAAAGUAUUUUCGGAUUUGAUAAACAGUUUAGUGAAGCCCAUAACCACCGGACACUUGUCCAACGAAGAGAUGAAAUUGUUCUGGCARUCGUCCAAAAAAAUAUUGCCAUUUUGCUUCAAUGCUAUUCGAACGAUACGCAAGAAAUCAGCAGAAGAUGAACAAUCGUUGAAUCAAUUAGAACACGUUUUAAAUAUCCUACACAACCUUGCUUCGUUGGAGUUACCUAAUGAUUUAGAUCUCUUUCCGUCGGAUGUCUAUGGUUGGCUGUUACCAUGCGAACAAAUCAGAGACAUCAGAAUUACAUUGCACGACGCUGUCGUCCAUGGCGCGGUGGAUUGGCAUGUUCACAUAUUAGAAAACAACAAACCCGAUGACUUUACGGACGAAGGACAGAUGAAACUUCAACUUAAAAUAAUUCAACUUCUUAAACUAGAUUUGCAGAGGGCCGUAGAGUUUCACAACAAUCUGUUUAUCAAGAAAAUGCAAUUUCCGUACACCAGUACAUUAUUUUCAAUAUACGAAAGUAAAAUAUCUGAAAUGUGUGAACCAUUCAUCACUCGCAUUUGUAUGAACAUGAAGCCAAUUAAUUUCGAGGAUAGCGGACGGUUUCAAGUUGAUAACGACCCGCUUGCGAUGGGAACGUCACUUUUUGAACUUUACAUGGGAAUUCAGAAAUUUGUCGAUUUAGGAAAAAACGACAACUACGUAGACUUGGAGAAUAGUCAUUUGGUCAAAUAUCACUUAUGGUUCCAACAAGGUGUCGCCAGGUGGUUGGAUAUCGCCGCGUAUAAGGCCAUGCAACGAAUUGAAAGAGCUGUCGAUUUGGACAAAUUAGUCAAAGUGGACUCAUCAGUAGAAUACAGUUCGUCAGCAGUGGACACAUUGGCAAUUUUCUACCAAAUAAAAGUGUUUUGGCAACAACUAGCAUGGCCUGAUGCCGAAGGUUCUUACUCAUUCGUGGCAAAGAUAAUUGAUGAUAUUUGCAGGUGUUCAGUAUACUUUUCGGACAAAACAGCUUGUAAACUUAACAGUACUGUAAUUGAAAAUAAAAGAUUCGAAGUCACCAAAGAAUGGUGCCUGGCAGUAAACAAUAUAGAUUAUGUAAAACAAUCCAUACGUCCAUUUGUCAAUGAUUUGGGCCUUACUAAAUUGAUGGACAGCUUGGCAAACUAUAAGAGUGAAAUUUCAGCAGAACAUUGUAAAAAAACACUGGAUUUGGUCGUUGAUAAUGCAAUCGAUACUGUAAACAACAAGAUCAUAGAUCUUUUACAAACAGUAGUAAACAAAAUGUCCCCAGAAAUAAGUAAAUUUUUGAUCGAAGGCGCGGAAGUUAUUAACACAAAUAAUAGUCAUUUGGACAAUUUAAUGUCAUAUUUGGAUGAAAAUCUUUGCACAUUAAGCAAGGAACUUAAUGAAGAAAAUUUUCAACGUAUACUUGACAUUAUAGUUGAUCAAAUAGCAACGAUUAUGUAUAACCUUAUACAACACAAUAUAGAUAAAAAGAAACCACCUUCAAAUUUUAGGAAUUUAAGAGAUAGUUUUCAUAUUUUGUUUGGAUUUUUGCAAAAAGAUAACAAUACUGAAUAUAAAAGUGAAACAAUUCAAAAGCUUGAAGCACUAAUGCAUUUGCAUACAUUAGAUACUUUAGACCUUAUACAUGAAUAUUAUUUAGAAAGACUUCAAAGACAAAAUGAGAUGGAAGAGGCUAACGAAGGAGUAUUAACUGUUAAAUUAAUAUUUAUCAACAAUGUUCUCAAAGUAGAUGUACUAAAUGCAAAUGGAAUUAAAGCAAUGGACUCUAAUGGUUACAGUGAUCCAUUCGUUAAAGUACGUUUGUUGCCAAAAGAAAAAUUUCUACACGCCAUUAAACCUUCAACAGCAGUACAGAAAAAAACUUUGUACCCUUUAUUUGAUGAAUGUUUUAAAAUUCCUUUAACUCCUGAACAACGUGCUGAAAAAAAUGGUUUAGUAAUGUUUAUAGUGAAAGAUCAAGAUUACAUGGGAAUGACAAAUGAGUUUGUAUCUGAAACAUUUGUACAUUUUAAAGAUAUUCCAUCUACACAGUUGGAAAAUGACUUAGGUAGUGUACCUCAAAUACGAUUAAAGCUGACAUCUCCUAAAUCUUUAGAUACAAAAAUUCUUCAAGCUCUUGAUACUAGAUCAACAGACAAAUUGGCAAAAGAAUUUCUUAAGCGAGAAAAAAUAAAAAUUACUACAGCAAAUUCGACACCAAAAAAAUGACUACAGUCUAUCAUUGGACGAAUUAAGCAUAGUACGUCCACAUUGACACGGAAAAUAAAAAAUUCCUGUUGAUUUGUUGUAUAAAUAAACUAAAAUUCAAAAAUUUAUCAAAAAAUUAUAAUGUA